AUGACUGUGCUGGCCAGGGCUCGGCGGGGAAUCCGGCAGCUCUCUCCACAGGUGGUGUUGCUCCUGCUCUUUGCCUUCUGCCUGCUCAGUGUUUUCAUCUCUGCAUAUUAUUUAUAUGGGUGGAAAAGGGGCUUGGAACCCUCCGGGGACAUGGCGGGGCCAGACUGUGAUGAGCCCAAGGUCGCCCCUUCCCGCUUGUUGCCACUGAAGACCCUCAAGGUGGCUGACUCCUCCCGCACGGACCCCUUGGUGCUGGUCUUCGUGGAGAGCCUCUACUCACAGCUGGGCCAGGAGAUCGUGGCCAUUUUGGAGUCAAGUCGUUUCAAAUACAGGACAGAGAUUGCCCCAGGGAAAGGGGACAUGCCCACGCUGACUGACAAGGACCGGGGACGCUUUGCUCUCAUCAUCUACGAGAACAUCCUCAAGUAUGUCAACCUGGAUGCCUGGAAUCGUGAGCUGCUGGACAAAUACUGUGUGGAGUAUGGUGUGGGCAUCAUUGGCUUCUUCAAGGCCAAUGAGAACAGCCUGCUGAGCGCCCAGCUGAAGGGCUUCCCCCUCUUCCUCCACUCCAACCUGGCACUGAAGGACUGCAGCAUCAACCCCAAGUCUCCCCUGCUCUACAUCACACGCCCCAGCGAGGUGGAGAAGGGUGUGCUUCCUGGGGAGGACUGGACUGUCUUCCAGUCCAACCAUUCCACCUAUGAGCCCGUCCUCCUGGCCAAGACCAAGUCAGCCGAGUCCAUCCCGCACAUGAGCGUGGACGCGGCGCUGCACACCACCGUGAUGCAGGACCUGGGCCUCCACGAUGGCAUCCAGAGGGUGCUUUUUGGCAACAACCUCAACUUCUGGCUGCACAAGCUUGUCUUUGUGGACUCUGUCUCCUUCUUGACAGGCAAGAGGCUCUCCCUGCCCCUUGACCGCUACAUCCUGGUGGACAUCGAUGACAUCUUUGUGGGCAAGGAGGGCACGCGCAUGAAGGUGGAAGAUGUCAAGGCACUGUUCAACACGCAGAACGAGCUGCGCACCCACAUCCCGAACUUCACCUUCAACCUGGGAUACUCAGGGAAAUUCUUCCACACGGGUACCGAUGCUGAGGACGAAGGUGACGACCUACUGCUGUCCUACGUGAGGGAGUUCUGGUGGUUCCCCCACAUGUGGAGCCACAUGCAGCCUCACCUCUUCCACAACCAGUCGGUUCUGGCCGAGCAGAUGACUUUAAACAAGAAAUUCGCUGUCGAGCAUGGCAUCCCCACUGACAUGGGGUACGCCGUGGCCCCUCACCACUCGGGCGUGUACCCUGUCCAUGUGCAGUUGUACGAAGCUUGGAAGCAGGUUUGGUCAAUCAAAGUGACAAGCACAGAGGAGUAUCCCCACCUGAAACCUGCUCGCUAUCGCCGUGGCUUCAUCCACAAUGGCAUCAUGGUACUCCCCCGGCAAACCUGUGGCCUCUUCACACACACCAUCUUCUACAACGAGUAUCCUGGUGGCUCUAGUGAGCUGGACAAAAUCAUCAACGGGGGUGAACUGUUCCUGACUGUGCUCCUCAACCCCAUCAGCAUCUUCAUGACUCAUCUGUCUAAUUACGGCAACGACCGCCUGGGCUUGUACACCUUCAAGCACCUGGUCCGCUUCCUCAACUCCUGGACCAACUUGAAGCUGCAGACACUGCCACCUGUGCAGCUGGCACAGAAAUACUUCCAGAUCUUCUCCGAGGAGAAGGACCCACUGUGGCAGGAUCCCUGUGAAGACAAGCGUCACAAAGACAUUUGGUCCAAGGAAAAGACCUGUGACCGAUUCCCAAAGCUUCUCAUCAUUGGGCCUCAAAAAACAGGAACGACUGCCCUAUAUCUCUUCUUGGGCAUGCACCCAGACCUGAGCAGCAACUACCCCAGCUCAGAGACCUUUGAGGAGAUACAGUUCUUCAAUGGACACAACUAUCACAAGGGCAUUGACUGGUACAUGGAGUUCUUCCCCAUCCCCUCCAACACCACCUCUGACUUCUACUUUGAGAAAAGUGCCAACUACUUUGACUCAGAAGUGGCUCCCCGGCGAGCUGCAGCCCUGCUCUCCAAGGCCAAAGUCAUCACCAUCCUCAUCAACCCUGCAGAUCGAGCCUACUCCUGGUAUCAGCACCAGCGAGCUCACGAUGACCCAGUUGCCCUGAAAUACACCUUCCACGAGGUGAUCACAGCAGGACCUGAGGCUGCUCCGAAGCUCCGGACCCUGCAGAACCGCUGCCUGGUGCCGGGCUGGUACGCCACCCACAUCGAGCGCUGGCUGAACAGCUACCAUGCCAACCAGAUCCUGGUCCUGGAUGGCAAGCUGCUCCGAACGGAACCUGCCAAAGUGAUGGAGAAGGUCCAGAAGUUCCUCAGCGUGACCAACUUCAUUGAUUAUCACAAGACGUUGGCGUUUGAUCCAAAGAAAGGAUUCUGGUGUCAGCUUCUGGAUGGAGGGAAGACAAAAUGCUUGGGAAAGAGCAAAGGGAGGAAGUACCCUGAGAUGGAUUCAGAUUCGCGCGCCUUCCUGCGGGACUAUUACAGGGACCAUAACAUUGAGCUCUCCAAGCUCCUGUACAAAAUGGGGCAGGCGCUGCCCAGCUGGCUGCGGGAGGAGCUGCAGAGCACCAGGUAG